UGUUGAGGUAAAUAAUAGGAAGAUGUUUAGAUAAGCGUUGUUUGUUGCUUAUUGUCAUGAUUCCUGUUGGAGAGACAAAUGGCUCAGCGCAUGUUAUGCAUAUAAAACAUUCCUAAAGCCCGAAGCUUUCACUUUCUGUUUCAGAUUCUGUGCAUGAGAGAAGUGGCCACUCCGCUAUUACCUUUGAUUUUGUUUAAAACCCUUGUAACGUUCUGACGUGUUAAGUCAAUGAAGAAUAUAUUAAACAGUUUGUGGUUUGUGAUUCGUUUAUUACAUUUGUGAAAACUCACCAACCGGGGGGGUUUAAAGCUGUUUUGUUGCUCCUUUGCUUUUGACCACAUUUCGGGGGGUAUUCCUUUAAACUUGGAUUGAGAUUCUAUAAAACACAGUUAGCAAUAUGUGAAACUGCUGUUGAAUUUAUUAUAUUACAACAACAAAACAGCUUGAAAACUAUUAUCACCUGUGUAGUUCAGACCUGGAUAGAGUUAUUCUACACUAGGGUUGUACAAAGUGCGGUUAGUGGGCCUUUUGUGGCCUUUGGGAUAAAUUUGUGUGGCCCCUUGGCUGCAACUCAAGAAUGGUACAGAUUUGGCCCUGCGGUAAGCUGAUAAUUUACACUCAUCGGAUUUUUUAAAAUGAUUUUUUUCAGAUAUAAAUCUUCAAUUAAAAAUGUUGUUACAACACAGUAGUUUCCUUUGUAUUAUUUGUGUGAGGUUCUUCUUUUUAUUUAUUUUUUAUUUUAAUGUAGUAAGUAGGACCAAAAAAACAUCUGGCAUCUUUUUACUCGACAGCAGACAGAGGCACAGCCAUUCGUUGAACUUCUUCAUCAAGGAUAAAAAAACAAAACAGUUUUAAUUAAAAAUAAUCUAUUAAUUUUUGGUACUGAGGAGGUGUUGAUCCAGAAGUGAGCAUCAAGAAAAAGGUAAAGAUCUUUUCAGGUCUCAUUACAUUGGAAAAUAGUGCAAUGCAGUAAUUAAAGUGGGCUGUAAAAUCUACACAGCAUGUGUAGAAAAAUCAAUCAAGAUUUGAGUGAUGACAUAUUUAUUUGGGUUUUCACAAAUUAAAGGUUUUACAAAUCACAAACUAAACUUUAAUCCAUCAUCUAAUCAAAAGCUAAUCGGUGCUCCAAAUGCAUCGGCUGUUCAACACAAAACGCAGUGUUCUGUUGGAGAGAUUGCAUUUUUAGUACAUUUGGUGUUGUUCAAGGUUGUACAUGUGGGAUAAACUCAUAAGUAAUCCUAUAGCUCAUUUUUUACAAACUCUUGAAGCUUUUAUAGUUUCUAGUUAAACAAACAGUAACUUUGCCAGUUUGGAUCUCAUUUUGCAGCAUUUGCUCCACAAAUCUAUCCUGAGUCAACUUUUAGUCAGUAUUUCCAAUCCCCUAAACAUUUUUAAACAUUUUCACUACACCUGCGUAAACCCCAGGUGUUUAUGCAGGUGUAAACUGUAAAACUGACGUUUUGUUAAUAAUCUUAUCUCAUUGCAUGCCUUCCAUUAUUUACCCACUGGAUCGAUCAGCCAUGGCUGAAGAAGCUGCAGAUGUAGUUCAUCUGCUUAAAGGCCAGAAGGCGACGCUGAUAGAGAUUCUCAGAGCGGACGCGGAUUUUGUUGUGCAGCAUGCACAUUCCCGCUAUCUGGUGUCAGAUAAGGGCUACGAGAAGAUUCAGUCAUGUCGAGUUCCUAGUGAAAAGGUGCAAGAGCUUUUGGAUCAUGUCAUCUGGAGAGGGCCCGAAGCAGCGCAAGGAAUGUUGGACCUGCUGAAGGAAAAAGAGAUCCAGGAGACAUUUCCCAAGCUUGAUUUUGUUAAAGAUCUGCGUGUGAAAACACCGUUAUCAGUUGAAGAAUCCGAAUUACAAGGUCCCACGCCAGCUAAAAAGGCCCUCCGCAAAGGCUGUGGCAGGGUGACAGAGAAGCAGCUGAUGAUUGUGGCUCAGGGCCUUGGCAGUAACUGGAGGCAAAUCGGCAUACAGGGUCUGGGCAUCAAGAAUGUGAAAUUGGAGCAGAUUGAAGAGGAGAAAAGAACCUACGUGGAGCGAGUCUUUGCCAUGCUCAUCUACUGGAGAAAUCAGAAGAAGGAAAAAGCCACAGCCGCUAACCUGCACUCCCUCCUCAGUCAGGAAGAUUUAGAAGUUCCUCCUGAGAGCAUCGAAUGUCUACUGGAGACUGACUGAGGUCUUCCCUCAAAGAGCCUGAGCACUUUUAAAGAAAAUGUGUUUUUUUUCCCAGGGAGGAGUGGGUUUCUUUCCACAAAAAACAGAAGAAUAGACUUUUAUGUAAAGAUUUGACUAUACUUUUUAAUACUUUUGUAUUGCAUUUGUUUUUGUUUCUGUUUUUUUUCAUGAUUUAAUAAAUCUAUAGUCUCUCCGUAAUUCACUUAUGCUCAGAAAAUCACUGAUCGUUCUUCACAAGUUAUGUUAAAUUUAUCUAGCAAGGAAAA